AUGAGUGAUUAUGCAUUUUCUGAAAUUGAAUGCAAAAUCAUUAAAGCACAGAUUGAAAGACGAGCAAAAUAUAGACAGGAAUAUCUUAAAAUGAGAACUGAUCCUUGUAAACAUUCACAAGAAGCAGGACAUGUUUUUGAUCCUGCCUUGCAACGUUUCCUGUCUUAUAAAGCAUGUCAAACUGAAUACUUUGUACCAACUCCUGCAAAUGCCGUAAGGGCUAUAUUUACAGUGGUUCUACCUAUGCUUAGCUAUGGUUAUCUUAUAUAUACUCAACGUUCAAAGAAAGAAAACCAAAUUCGUACUGGAGAGUUAAGAUACCGGGACCGGAUGUUUAAAUUGGUGUAA